UAAACAAAAUAAUAAUGCCCCAAAGAUUUUGGCAUUGAUCUGGCAACAGUUGUUGUUAUUGUUGUGGAGAAAGAAGAAAAAGAGAGAGAAGAUAAAGAAGACAAAAGGACGAGAAAGAGGAGGAUUAUCGGUGUUUUUCUUGGUGGAAGAGAAAGAGGAAGAGUCAGAGAGGAAGAGGGAGGAGCAGCGAGAGAAGAAGGAGAAGAGGGUUAAAUAUGCCGCCCACCGUCAACCAGACUCACCCUGUUGACCGUGAGAAGCGACCAAGAACUGGAGACAGAAAUCUUCCACUACAGGAGCAAAUACAUAUCAGAAGGUCCGACUUAGUGAGUCGCGUCAAGUACUGCAACACACUUCCGGACAUCCCAUUCGACCCCAAGUUUAUCAACUACCCUUUUGAUUCCAAUAGGUAUGUGCGGUACAAGCAGACUUCCCUGGAGAAGAACUACCGAUAUGAGGUUCUGACUGAGCACGACCUAGGCGUGACCAUUGAUCUCAUCAAUCCAGAGGCCUAUACUCCAAUACCCGGGACGCAGCUCCACCCCACUGAUGAACGAUUGCUUGAAGAUGACAUACUCACUCCACAGGAUGCAAAACGCUCCAGACAUCACCAUGUCAAUGUGUCAUGGUUGCGGCGGACUGAGUACAUCUCGACAGAGCCGACACGCUUCCAACCACAGACUAAUGAGAAGAUUGAAGCCACAGUUGGUUUUGCCACACGCAGGAAGAAUGCUUCGGAUGAAAACGUCUACAUUGAUCGUGAAAGUCAACUCGAAGCCAUAGAGAAGACCUUCCAGGAUGUUAAAUGUCCCCUUGAGAACCACUACAGCAAGCCUGGGGUCACAGCUGUGGAAGAACUGCCGAUCUACCCAGACUUCUCUCUCUGGAAGUACCCUUGUGCCCAGGUCAUCUUCGACUCAGAUCCUGCGCCGGUGGGGAGACCCAUGCCUGCACAACUGGAAGAAAUGUCCCAGGCUAUGAUUAGGGGUGUGAUGGAUGAAUCGGGCGAACAAUUUGUGGCAUACUUUUUACCCACGGAGGAGACGCUUAGGAAGCGGAAGCGAGACAUCGAGGCAAACAUGGACUACAUGGAAGACGAUGAAUACGACUACAUUAUGGCGCGUGAGUACAACUGGAACGUGAAGAACAAGGCGUCCAAGGGCUACGAGGAGAACUACUUCGUGGUGCUACGCAAUGAUGGCGUGUAUUAUAACGAACUGGAGACCAGAGUGCGGCUGAGCAAGCGUCGUCUCAAACAAGGUCAACAACCCAACAACUCGCGACUGGUCGUCCGUCAUCGACCUCUGAUAGCCCAGGAGCACAAGACCCAACGCUUCCGAGAGCGCAUGAUGGAGCCUCCAGGAGAAGACGAAGAGGAGGAGGAAGAGGAGGAGGAAGAAGAAGAGGAGGAGGAGAUGGAAGUUGAACAGAAUGAUAAAGGGAGUGUUAAAGGUUCAGAUGACGAGGGUAGUGACAGGUCCAGGUCCAGGUCCAGGUCCAGGUCCAGGUCUGCAAGUAAAGACCGUGCUCGGAGCAGGUCAGGCUCCAGAUCACGCAGCAGGUCGGGGUCACGAUCGAGGAGUCGUUCUCACAGUGGCUCACGCAGCAGGUCCCACAGCAGGUCACACAGCAGGUCACGCAGCAGGUCACACAAUAGGUCCCACAGCAGGUCCCGCAGCAAGUCUCGCAGCAGGUCUCACAGCAAGUCCCACAGCAGGUCACGCAGCAAGUCCCGCAGCAAAUCCCGUAGCAGGUCCCAAAGCAGGUCACGAAGCAGGUCUCACAGCAAGUCGCGUAGCAAGUCCCGCAACAAUUCACGAAGCAAGUCGCGAAGCAAGUCGCGAAGCAAGUCGCGAAGUAAGUCGCGAAGCAAGUCCCGUAGCAAGUCACGAAGCAAAUCUCGCAACAAGUCCCACAACAAGUCUCAAAGCAGGUCAAAGUCAAGGUCACGUUCCCGCUCCGCCUCCGGGUCCCGGGCGUCACGUUCUCGAUCACGUUCUCCCAUCAAGUCGAGAUCUGGCUCUGGGUCCCCUUCAGGCAGCAGGUCCAGAAGUGUCUCCCCAGCACCAUCAGAAAGGUCUGCAAAAUCAGCGGCUUCCAGCAGAUCAGCACGGUCAAGUGGUAGAAGUAGGAGCGGGUCGCCUGCUGUCAACAGUUCACCAGGCCGCCGCGGCUCACCCACACGCAGCAAGGCUUCCGCCUCGGACUCGGGUUCCGAUUCCGAUUCGUCAGACUCCAGCUCCGGUUCUGACUAGCCUUAGUGUCUUGUACAUUCAGUACCACUAUAUGAAGACAGUAUAAGUCACAGUGACUUAUACUAGUGUCUUGUACACUUAGUACUGCUACCACAAUACCAUGGAUGAAACUUUUAAUUUAGUUAGGACACUUCCCUGGAGAUGGGAAGUACAGUGCCUGCACUCUGAAGGAGGGGUGUUAAUGUUGCAGUUUAAAAACUGUAGUGUAAAGCACCCUUCUGGCAAGACAGUGAUGGAGUGAAUGAUGGUGAAAGUUUUUCUUUUUCGGGCCACCCUGCCUUGGUGGGAAUCGGCCAGUGUGAUAAUAAAAAAAAAAAAAAAUACUUCAUACAAUAUUCAAUCCAUCUUGAAUCAUUCUGAAGUUACAAGAGAAGUGAUAACAAGUUAGGACGAAUUGAAUCAUUUCAAAGUUCCAUUUCCAGCUUCUGAGUUCAAUGUGACUUGUUCUGUCUUGAUCGAAUCUUAUUAAAUAUCUCAAGUCUUGCGUCGGACACAGAGUAGUAACAUUAUUGUAUAGAUUAUUUCAGAAAUAUUAACUAGGAAGACUGUAAUUUCUGAUAACAGAAAGGAGGACUGAAACUGGUGACCUGAAGUUUUGUUUCAUAUGAAUUUUGAGAGGCGGACACGAUUGACCUUAAACCAGUUGAUGUGGGACAGACAGUUAUAUAGAGGAAUUUUGUUGUUAUAUUUAAUCUAUGGAGAUGCUUCAUUCAGUUCACAGGGAUGUACAUGAGUGUAUACAAGUGUAGUUGUGUGAGUGACUGGGUUAGUGAGGUCACUGUACUUGCCUGUUUUGUGGUAACAGGGGUCGAGUUGCUGUUCCUGGCCCCGCCUCUUUGCUGGUUGCUGCGAGGUUCACUCUCUUCCUGCUCCUUGAGCUUUAUCGUACCUCUUUUUAAAGCUGUGUGUGGGUGAGCAUAGGCUAGAGGCACUGCAGGAGGUCACUGUCAUCUGAAGGAACAGUAGACUUCCUGCAGUGCAAUGCAGUGAUACAGGCACUGUAGGAGGUCACCAUUCAUCCUGCAGUGCCUUAUCUCAUCCUUCACCCCAGACAGUGACCUCACUAACCAAGCCACUCACAUGACUAUACCUGUAUAAAUAUACUUGUCCAUUCCUGCCUUCCUCUCAUGUAUAUAUAUACGGGCUCCCUUUCCUUCAUGUGUUUGGGUGGCUAGUUAAUGGUCCAGGUUCGACCAAAACAUUGUCAUAAACUUUCUCCCACAUGCGGCUUUUUUGUGUAUACAAACCUUCUUCAUAGGUGAAAAUAUUCAGCGAAGUUCCUUUACACCGUUACACUGUUUUUCCAAUUUUAAGAAAUCACGUAUUGUGUGUACUGUUCAACUUAACACUUCAGUUCAGUAUUUUAAAAGACUGUGUAGUAUGUGUUGUUUGGGUCCCCCAACUUAGAACCUAAGUUCAGGGCCGGAUUAAGGCGUGGGCUUUGUGGACUGCAGCCCAGGGUCCUCUGCCCGCUGCAGGACUUCCAGGUCCUGCAACCCAGAGGCCUCUGCCAGCUGGAGGGCCUCCACCAGCUGGAGGGCCUCCACCAGCUGGAGGACCUCCACCAGCUGGAGGACCUCCACCAGCUGGAGGACCUCCACCAGCUGGAGGGCCUCCACCAGCUGGAGGGCCUCCACCAGCUGGAGGACCUCCACCAGCUGGAGGUCCUACAGAGAUGUUCCCAACAACUUACAAUUUACUGAUGUUUUGGAUAAAUUUGUUGCCAAGAAAUUACACAAAGUAAAUGUUUGAAUUUUAAUUGUGGUUAACCUUUUAAAAAUAAAUUUAAUAUUUCUUUAA